CUUCCCCGAGCCUAUAUAAGAGGCUCCGGCCAGGGCCCAAGAUCAGCAUACUUCCCACAUCCCGCUCCCCAUCGACCUGCACUCCGAGCGCCCUCUUCUCCGGGCUCGAUGGGUGGCUGUGCAAGCAAACCCAAGGCUCAGGAAGGCCCCAACCCUGAGGCCCUUCCAGCUGAGAACCCAGCUGCCCCCGAGCAGACCGCGACACCGGUUGAGGGCGACGCCACUGCUGAGGCCAAGACCGAAAAUGUCGAGGAGACCAAGGAGGAACCGUUGGCCGAUCUCUCCGAGCCCAAACCAGAAGAAUCCACUGCUGCUGCAGGUGAGGACCUAGCUCCCGGGAUUAGCGAGCUGAAGGCAGAGGCACCCGUUGAGUCUGCAGAGCCAAAGGAAGAGGAGAAGGCGGCGGACGACAAGGUCGCCGAGAAGGCUGAAGAGGCCGCUGCUGAAAAGACCGGGGAGGAGAAAGAUGUAAAGACCGAGAAGACCGAAGCCGCCGAGCACCCGCUGGAGAGCUCGCACUGAGAGGGGAGCAUUGUGACGCAUUUGAGGAAGCAUCCAAUAAUGUUGUGAUUUGAGCAUAGAAGAAUGAGAUCCUAAAUUGUAUCUCUUUUCAUUAUUGAAUUCUAAUUGUGGGGUAUGUUCCAUAUGUCGGGUUGGUUUAAUCUUUAUAUAAGAUUUAGCAGGAUCAGACGUUUACAAAGAUUCUGCAACUAUUAGAAAA